UGAAUCGAGAGUUUAAUCAAAACUACAAAUAUUUAGCAAAAGUAGUAAAAAGCGAAAUAAUGAGCGCCAAUAGGAAGCCAUCAUUCAUUGUCCGACACUUCCAAUUGUCUGAUUGCGAAGAAGUCCGUCAGAUCUGGAAUGAACUCCAUUUCAUGGGAACUAAAUAUAACAAUGAAAUUAUGCUUAAAACAGAUCCCAAGUGUAUAUUUGUAGCUCAAGACAUCGAUUCCGGAAAACUAUUGGGAAUGACAAGCGGUAUAAAUAUAUCGCCAGAGUUGGCACACGUCGGUCAAUAUGGAGUCAAACCGGAAUAUCAGGGCUUAGGAAUCGGUUCGGCUCUUUGGGAUGAAAUGAUGGCACAUAUGGGCGAUAGGAAUGUAUCACUUUAUGCCGCGACCCCAAAAAUAUUUGCAAAAGGAUAUGUCAACACUAGUAAUCUCGUUGAUAGUAUUGAUGGCAUGUCUUUAGUACCAAUCGAUGACAACAAUAUCGGAGAUGUGAUUGAAUACGACAAAAGUGUAACCAAUGGAGUUGACAGAAGGUUAAUGUUUGAGGCACUCUGUAAGACCCGCGAAACUCUGACGACCGGAAUGCCGACCAAAGGGCUGGCGUUGGAUUGA